GGACGUUUAGUGUGUUUUGUGCCUUUACCCAACUGAGCGGAGGAUAACUAGUUUUAUUUAGUGAUUUCAAAAAUGAGGAAACGUCUGAUCCAGAUAUUUGGCUUCUUGAUAUCAUCGCUAGGAUGGUUGUUUGUGCUGUGUACCAUGGCCAUGGACUAUUGGAGGAUCACCCAAUUAGGAGGACAAGGAGGCUCCUUUAUCAUCAAAGUGGCCUGGUACUGGUCCAACCUGUGGAAGGAUUGUUUCACCGAUUCCACUGCUGUCACCAACUGUAGAGACUUCCCUGUGCUCUGGAGUGUCACCCCUUACAUCCAGGGAGUACGAGGAUUACUAAUGUGCGGUUUAACUCUGGGAUUCUUUGGUGUAGUGCUUUGCUUUGUUGGGAUGGAUUGCACUUAUAUCGGUGGAGCAGAUAAAACCAAGGACAAAGUGCUUCUUGCCGGAGCAGUGUUUCAUUUUGCUGGAGGUGUGUCAGAUAUUUCUGGCUACUGCUUAUACAUCAACAGGGUUGCCAGAACAACCUUUGCUGCCAGCGUGGGGCCAGGAGUCUUACGGUAUGACCUCGGACCUCCCUUAUUUCUAGGAUUGGUGGGAUGUUUUUUAAUCCUUUUAGGUGCUGUGAUUUAUGCUGUGACAGUCUACCGAGUAAUGUGCCCUGAAAGUAAAGUGGCGUAUGUCAAUGGUGGAGGCACAUACAUGACCCCUCGCUCCAGAGGAAAAACCCUUUACACCGGAUACUACAGACCCUCCAGGCUGCACGGAUCUUAUAUUGGAUCAGGACGAUCUGGCAGCUCCAAGAUCUCAAAGCUCUCUCAGACAACACAAACAAGAAAGUCUGAUAGAGAUGCAUUUGUGUAGCAGCUCAGAGCUCAAACACCACGAGACAUAGGUCCAAAUCUGUGUAACUAACAAUCAGCAUGUAUCUCAUACUGUAGAUAGGAUGAAAGUCAGUUCCUCAGUUUCCUCGUCUGUGCAUCAUAUGUACAAUUGUAAAUUUAGGUUGUUAUACUCUGUA